GCUGAUCGGCUACAAGUUAUUAGUCUGCUCGGGACGGUGCAGACUCCCACUCUGUUUCCUCGUCUGUAGCCCUUUGCGCUAGCCAUCCUGUAUGGUGGAUAUUCUACUCCAAUCUUCUUUCUUGGGUGAUAUGGGGGAUCAUUCAAAAAAGAAGCCCGGAAUCGCCAUGUGUGUAGGCUGUGGAAGUCAAAUCCAUGACCAGUACAUCCUGAGAGUCUCCCCGGACCUGGAGUGGCACGCAGCCUGUCUCAAGUGUGCGGAAUGCAGUCAGUACCUGGAUGAGACGUGCACUUGCUUUGUCCGAGAUGGCAAAACAUAUUGCAAACGAGAUUACGUAAGAUUAUUCGGGAUCAAAUGUGCAAAAUGUAACAUCGGGUUCUGCAGCAGUGACCUAGUGAUGAGGGCCCGGGAAAACGUCUAUCACAUGGAGUGUUUUAGGUGUUCGGUCUGUAGCAGACAUCUCCUUCCUGGAGACGAGUUUUCUCUGCGGGAAGAGGAGCUCCUUUGCCGGGCAGACCACGGUCUACUGAUGGAGCGUGCCUCAGCAGGAAGUCCCAUUAGCCCGGGAAAUAUACACUCGAGCAGGUCAAUACACAUGUCAGAACCCGUGCCAGUGCGACAGCCACCGCAUCGGAACCACGUGCAUAAGCAGUCCGAAAAAACCACUCGCGUGCGGACGGUAUUGAACGAGAAGCAGCUGCACACACUUCGGACGUGUUACAACGCAAACCCCAGGCCGGACGCGCUAAUGAAAGAGCAACUCGUGGAAAUGACGGGCCUCAGUCCACGAGUCAUUCGAGUAUGGUUCCAAAACAAACGUUGCAAAGACAAGAAGAGGUCAAUGCUCAUGAAGCAGCUGCAACAGCAACAACACAGCGAUAAAACUAAUCUUCAAGGACUAACAGGGACACCUCUGGUGGCAGGAAGUCCGAUUAGGCAUGACAACACAGUCCAGGGAAAUCCUGUAGAGGUUCAGACGUAUCAGCCACCCUGGAAAGCCUUAAGCGAAUUUGCCUUACAGAGCGACCUGGAUCAACCCGCAUUCCAACAGCUGGUGUCGUUUUCUGAGUCGGGCUCCCUCGGUAACUCUUCGGGUAGCGAUGUGACUUCUCUGUCAUCGCAGUUACCCGACACCCCCAACAGCAUGGUGUCUAGUCCCGUGGAGACGUGAGGGCCGACGGAAACUGCCCCCUGCCGCCCCAGCAUGUUCCCGAGUGCCCUGCAUGAACACGGAUCACCUCACAGCCUCCGUCGGAGACAAGGGAUUACCUGCAAAUACAGUAACAAUGGAUUUAACUGAAGAAACGGUUUGCCAAACGGAGGAACCUGUCCGAGCGACAGUUUCGAGACGUAUUACAGAACUUUUUUUUUUUUUUUUCACACAAGAUAGGCCUACAUGGAUCCGAGCGAAACCAAUGUCCCAAGGAAUAUGAACAAGUUGAACCACUGUCAACAUUUUUUUUUAAAUAAUAGUGUCUUACCAGUAUUCAUUCAAGGUUAACAUUAUGUACGCUUAUCGACACGUGAUAUUUCCCUAAUUCAUUGAGACAAGAAAAACCACAUUUGUCUUAAUGCGCAUGAUCUCCGAAGAUGAUGUAUAAAAGUGAUAUGUAAAAUAUUUUAUCUUUACGGAUGGAGGACAGAUUGUUUGAACCUCUCGAGAAAAAAGUAAGUUAUUGUUAUUUAUUGUCAGGACAACCGUCCUUUGCAAGAAUUUAGAAAGUAUCUUAAUAAACUAUGUUAAGUGUU